AUUUGAAGUUCCGCCAUUUUGGCUGUGGAGGUCGCUGCCGAAUAUUAGAAAGGGGUUUAUUUUGUUUUUCUUAAGGAACCCAGCGAACCUGGAAGGACCAGGAAGAUGGCACCGGGAACUAAGGGUGACCCAUGUGAUGUUACGCUACCUCUCUCUUCCCUGCCAAGUGGUGAAGGGGACGCAAUCAAAGUGUUUGUCAGGAUUCGUCCUCCGGUUGAGGGGAGUGUAGCUGGUGGUGAUGGGGAUCAAAGCUUGUGUCUUUCUGCUCUGUCUCCCAAUACCAUCCGCUUGCAUUCCAAACCGGAGCCAAGAAUAUUCACCUUUGAUCAUGUUGCCAAUACGGAUGCAACUCAGGAAUCUGUGUUUUCAAGCGUGGCAAAAAACAUUGUUGAGUCAUGCAUGAAUGGUUACAAUGGCACCAUAUUUGCCUAUGGUCAGACUGGCUCAGGAAAAACUUUUACAAUGCUGGGCCCUUCUGAGUCUGACAACUUCACACACAAUCUCAGGGGAGUCAUUCCUCGAAGCUUUGAAUAUUUAUUUUUUCUAAUCAAUCGUGAAAAAGAGAAGGCCGGAGAUGGUAAAAGUUUUUUGUGCAAGUGCGCGUUUAUUGAGAUCUACAAUGAGCAGAUAUUUGACUUAUUGGAUCCAGCUUCAGCAGGGCUCCUACUCAGAGAACAUAUCAAAAAGGGUGUUUUUGUUGUUGGAGCAGUGGAGCAAGUCGUCACCUCUGCCGCAGAGGCAUAUCAGGUUCUGUCUAUGGGCUGGCGAAACAGACGUGUAGCUUCCACCUCAAUGAACAGAGAAUCAUCCAGGUCCCAUGCUGUCUUUACAGUUACCAUUGAAUCUAUGGAAAAGAUCAAUGAGAUAGUCAAUAUCCGAUCCUCCCAGCUUAACCUGGUGGAUUUGGCAGGUUCUGAGAGACAGAAGGAUACACACACCGAAGGAGUCAGAUUGAAGGAGGCAGGCAGCAUAAACCGCUCACUGAGCUGCCUUGGUCAGGUGAUCACUGCAUUGGUUGAUGUGGCUAAUGGCAAACAGAGGCAUAUAUGUUACAGAGACUCAAAGCUGACUUUCUUAUUGCGGGAUUCUCUUGGUGGAAAUGCAAAAACCUUCAUAAUAGCAAAUGUACACCCUGGAUCCAAGUGCUUUGGGGAAACUUUAUCUACUUUGCAGUUUGCACAACGGGCCAAAUUAAUUAAAAAUAAGGCCGUAGUAAACGAAGACACUCAGGGGAAUGUGAAUCAACUACAAGCAGAGGUCAAGAAGCUGAAAGAACAGCUUUCUCAGCUUCUUUCUGGACAGAUGCCACAUGAUAUUUCUAUUGCCAGAGUAGUUUCAGUGGAAGAAAACAACGGUGACUACAUGAACAACUUUUUAGAAGCCAUGAUGCUUCUGGACAAAUCAGAGAACGAGAAGAAGGCCCUCUUUCAAAAAGUAUCCCAGCUAGAGGAUCUUUGCAACAAAAAAGAAAAGUUUAUUCAAUCAAACAAAAUGAUUGUCAAAUUCAGGGAGGAUCACAUUGCUCGUCUUGAGAAAGUUCAAAAGGAGGGACGGGACAUAUCAAAUAACGAACAAGAUGACCUCAUCGCUCAGCUCAAGGAGGAGAUACUGGUACUAAAAGAACAGAUUGAGCAUCACCCACGUGUGGCAAAGUACGCCCUUGAGAAUCACAGUCUUAGAGAUGAGAAUAAACGUCUGCGGUCCCUUCAGUCUGUAAAGAGAGCACAUGAGCUAAACGCCCAAAUAAUAACAGAUCUGGAAAAGGCAUUUUUGGAGGCUUCUUCAGCCUCAAAAGAUAAUGGAGAUAUGCAAAUGCAUUCCGCUUCAAUACCCUCAUCGGAUAUGCCAUCUGUGGAAAAGAUGCAGGAGAGAUUGCUGCAACUUCAAAGUGAGCUGGCCACUUCGAAGCAAGAAUAUGAAGAAUUCAAAGAGCUCACCAAGAAGAAGCAGGUUGAACAGGAAGCGGAGGUUCAGUCGCUUCUGAAGUCUAAUCAGCACCUUGAAAACAUUUUAGAGGCUAUGAAAGCUCACAAGCGACAAGAGGUUUCCCAACUCAAUCGAAUGCACGCAGAAACCAUCAAGAAUAUGACAACUCCCACUAAAGCAUACAACCUACGGUCUCGCCUUGUGCCCCGCAUGAGUCCAGACAAUUUUCAGAAUGGGUUGAUGGAUACGCCUAAGUCAGGAGAGCAAAUGGAUGACAUCUUCAAUGAACCUAUCCCGCCGGAGAUGAGUGAACAAGCCUAUGAAGCGAUUGCAGAGGAGCUCAGGAUGGUGCAGGAGCACGUGGCUGCCCUUCAAGCAAAACUAGAUGAGGAGGAAAGUAGAAAUAUGAAAUUCCAACAGCAGGUUGACAAGAUGGAACAUCACUCUACCCAGAUGCAAGAGCAUUUUUCUUCAGAAAGGACAAAUUGGAGCACAGAACAACAAGAACGUCUUGCACAAAUUAAAUUGCUUGAAAAACAACAGCAGGACUUUAAGGUGAAAGAAGAAAUAUUGAAAAGCGAGGUCCAUGACCUGCGAGUUGUGCUUCAGUCUGCAGACAGAGAACUCCGAAACGUGAAGUUAGAGUAUAGUGAUUUUAAAGGCAAACAAGAGAAGGAGCUGAGCCAGCUAUCAGACAGACAUAUGAAUGUGCAGCUUCAACUCGAUAAUGUCAGAUUAGAGCAUGAAACCUUAUUGGAGGAAAAGAGAUCACUUCAGGAUGCAUAUGAUAACCUCGAAGAAGUAAUGAAGUUUGAGAUUGACAGCCUGAAACAGCAGCUCUCCGAGAGCAGACAGGAAAAUGAGGCUUUGAAAUCUGAACUUAGUAAUUUGCUGGAGCUCCUAGAAAAUGAAAAAGAAUGCAGACAGAAGCUGGAAUCUCAGCUUGAAGAAGACAAAGAGUACAAGACAAAGGAACUUUUGAAAGUUCUUGAUGAAAACGUGCAUCUCAAGAAGGAGUGCUCGGAUCUUAUGACACGCUGUGAACAGCAGGUCACGGAUCUCCAAAAGCUUGACUACAAUUUGACAUCUUGCAAAGAAACAAUAGCAGAUUUGGAGAGGAAAAACUCUGCAGACAAGGAUGUUGUGGCUGACCUCAUGAACCAAAUUCAAGCCCUGAGAACCACAGUCAACCAAAAAACAGAGUCUGUAGAUGUCCUUACAAGAGAACUUGAAGACAUUAAUAAUAAAUACAGUUCUGUGGUGUCAGCAAGGGAAGAAAGCAAGAAUAUUUUAGAAAAGCAGGAGCAAGUGAUCGAAGAACUGAGAGAGAGCUUGGAGAGGAAGCAGUCCGCUGAUAACAUCGAGAGAGAGCUUUUAUGUGAUGACUUGGCUCAUGCAACUGAACAGCUGGACAAGUUAACAGAAGCCUUUAACAAGCAGGAGGCCUUACUUCAGUCGCACAAAGAAGAACUGCUUCAAAAAGAACAACGAAUCACAGAACUAACCAGCCAGCUAAAACAACUCGAACACCUAAAAACAGAAAAGCCAAAUAAUGAAGAAGUGAAACAGUCGUAUAGUAAUACAUGUUCCCCUACCCAACUUCCGCAGACUCCCAGAACCCCACAGGCAUACCUGUUUGAGUCUGAGCUAAGUGGCCUACUUAACACAAAUUCUACCUUGGAGCUACUUGUAUCUGAACUAAAUGAGGAGCGAAUGGCCAAAAAUGAAGAAAUCUUAAGACUUAAGGCACAGUUGUGUGAAACAGAAAACAUGCGUCUGGAGAUCCAGAAUUUACAGGCACAGUGCAAUGAACUAACAAGCCAACUGGACAACCGUAAACAAAUUGAUAGGGCAAAUUUGGCACAGAAACAAUCUGACAUGCAGGAGCUGAAGAAGGAAAUGGAGAACGAAGUCUUUGAAAGGAUGGAAAAGGGUAAAGCAGCUGGUCACUUACUGAAAGUUGAGGCAGAGUUAGAAGAGGCAAGAAAUCUCCUUCAGAAUAAGGAGCAUUUCUUAGAUGAGCUCGGGAAGGAGCUCCAGCGUACAAGAACGUUAGAGUCCAAAGCCUUCCAGGAGAAAGAAGAAAUAAGGUCACUACUGGAAGGAAAAUAUGAAGAGACAGAAAAGCUUUCCCUGGAGCUGGAUAUGUUAAGAAAACAAGUUGCAUUUCUUGCUGAAGAAAAUGGGAAACUAGUUGGUCAUCAAAAUCCUAACCAGAAGAUUCAGUACUUGGUGAAACUUAAGAAAGAUAAUACUAAACUUAUGGAGGAGGCCGAAAAACUGCGGAUAGAAAAUGCUUUUCUCAAAGAAGUAAAAAAAUGUGAACACUGUUUAAACAAUGUUUAAACAAAAUAUUAACAGUGAAUUAUUAUAAUAAGUGCGUUUUCAAAACAGAAAUCCUUACAAUUAAAUUCUCCUUUUCCAUAAUACAUUCUCAAGUGAGGUCUUCAAGCUAGAUAUUAACUGUAGCUAUGUAUAGGAACUGAUGCUAAAAGGCAGCUUUUUGUUUAACUAAUAUUUGUUAAACGGUACUAUACACUGCAAAACAACCAGAAGUUUCUCUUUUUUGAUUAAUGGCUGUUAAUGUUUUGAUCUUAAUUCUAAAUCGUUUUUGAUAGAUGUCAGCAUGUAGGGAAUAAGAGGGAUAUGGGUUAUGCUUAGAAAUAAAAUAUGUGAAAUUGGACUUUUGCCUAUACAAUAUCUUAUGGACGUGUGUGUUGGUUUUUGUAUGUUAUAUAAAUGUCUUUUCCAUGUUUUGUCUGUCUUUAAGCUGUAAUACAUUAAA